AUGGUCCGUUGGGCUUCCGACCUCCAGACCCCCUCGUACGUCCUCGCCGUUCUGACUGCUGGCGGCGGCAUCGCCGGCUACGCCCGCACAAAGUCCCUCCCAUCCAUCAUCGCCGGAUGCGCCGUUGGAUUCCUCUACGCCCUUGGUGGCUACCGCAUUCAGAACCGCGAAUCCUACGGCGUCGAGCUGAGUCUGCUCGCCUCGGCAGUCCUCGGUGGCUCCGCAAUCCCCCGCGCCAUCCGCCUCCGCAAGCCCGUGCCGAUCGGAUUGAGCGUGUUGUCCCUGUUCGGUCUGUUGACCUUCGGCAGGGAGUUCAGUCGUAGCUUGUAA